AUGCACAACAGCGAUUGCCCUCAGAUGAUUUUUCGAUGCAGCAGAGAUCAGGCACAGAGACUCCGCCAAGUCUUCAAGACGAAGCCCUACCCGUCCAAAUACGAGAAGCAAGCUCUCGCAUCUGAGCUUGAUUUGCCGCUCUCCUUCGUCACCAACUGGUUCCAGAGAGAACGAAACCAGUACAAAAAAGACAACAAAGAGCUGCCGCUGCAAGAGACCAACUUGGAUGGAGUCCGUCGUCAGAUGUCGACCGCAACCCCUGCUCCUCGCCGGGAAGUGCCGCCGACUCCACCAAACACUCGAGUCACCACUCCGGUCGUCGUCCCGACACCGCUGCCAGCCUAUCCAGUCAUCCCUCCCAACUACUUCCACCCGCAAUUCCGACAAGCUCUCGCGAUUCAAGCUCCUCCAAUGAAGCCACAAAGAGGAAUCGUCAAAACUGAGAGAGUCUGGAAGCCGCAGCUUGCCUUGCCUCAAGUCACUGUGCAAAGUCGCCCUCAGCUCAGACGACAAAUUGGUGUCUCUGCGUUACCCGCAAUCAACGAGCAAAGCGCUUCCGAGCUCCCAGCACCGUCACCCUCCGCCAUUCCUCCACGAUCUCCCACUUCGCCAGGCACUUUGGUGAUCGACGAAAGUUUCAUCUCAUCGCCAGAGCCAUCUGCUUCGUGUAAAUCGUCGACCAGCGUUCCAAAGAAACCCUUCCCGGCUCCAGAAAAGAAGAAAAUCGUGGCUUCUUUCGUCCAAAAAUUCAAUGAAGAAAAUCCGCUCAAGGCCGAAAAGACCGACGAAAUCAUCGACGUCGAGAAGCUGCCAGACUCUCCAGCUGACUGCGAUACAAUGCUUCCUCCGUUGAAGGAGAAAGACAUCAAGGAAGAGGAUCGAGAAGGCGCGACAUUCAACGAGGACGACAUUCGAAAGGGCUUCCAAGAUAGCCAGAUGCAAGAAAUCCGAAUGCUCCAGCAGAUGGUCACCCGAUACCAAACGACAAUGGUGAACAUGACCGCAGCCCAUAACCAGAUGGUCCGAGACUUCCAAGCUGCCAUGGCUUACGAUCACUACAUGCGAACAAACAAAGUCGCCAUUCAUCCUUCUCUCUUCUUUGGAAAACAAUUCAAGUAA